GACAUGCGUACGGAAGAGGCGGUCCGAUGCCCGGAAGUGGGCCAGGGACACCCGGAACGCCUAGGGGAGAUGAAGCCGGCGGUGGACGAGAUGUUCCCCGAGGGCGCCGGGCCCUACGUGGACCUGGACGAGGCCGGAGGCAGUACUGGGCUUCUGAUGGACUUGGCAGCCAAUGAAAAGGCAGUUCACUCGGACUUCUUUAAUGGUGUGUGCUACUACAAAGAACUUUUUUCAUUAGUUAGUGGCAAUUAGGACAUUAUCUUGUCCGUCACAUUGGUUUACAGGGUAUUAAAGGCCCUCAAAAGCAGAGUCCAGGCUAUUUUUUCUGGCUCCUUUUGAGCCACCCGUUGCCUGAAAGGAGAACUAGUCUGCCUAGUUAGGUACAGACUUCCCAGGGAGCCUGGCUGUUCCCCUGAAGCAACGUCCCGGCUGCCACCAACUCGUGUUGGAACUGGGGGAAGUGACACUUGAGCCGGGCCUUGAGAACAGAGUAGCAUUUGUCUCAGUUCUCUAAUCACGGGGGCCUGGGAAACAUUGUGGGAGGCGGGGCCUUUCCUGAACAGCCUGGGCAGAAAUGCCAGCCCACGGCAUGGCCCGGCUUCGGAGGUCCCUAACGCUGGCCCCGUAGAAGUGUAACCUCUGACUCCUAACACCACUCAUUCUGAUGACCUCCUUCAGAGCCUGAUGCAUCCCCCACCAGCCUGUAGCUGUAAACAUCAUGAUGUUUCAGUGUUCAGUAUUUCCAAACAUACUUCUGAUGAGAAAGCAUCUGUGAGGGCCCCAGGCUGCCUUGCCAAGUGGGCAUUUAUCAACAGCAAUUUAGGGCCCUUACAUCCUUGAGUCAGGCUAGAGAAGAACAUAGAAGGGCUUGUGCUGUGUCAGAGGGCCCUCCAACUGUUCACAGGUGCACACUGCCUGUCAGCUUGUGAGCACCCCGUGCUAAGAAGCCAUCACUGUAAGAGGGCCAUGCGGGCUUUAGAUGGGGCUUCUGAGUCCUUUCUGCUCGCUGACUGAGGUUCCGAUGGCCUGUGUCCCACAGGCAGUGGCGUCUAACCAUGGCCGAGGCUCAUCCUCUUUACUCACUAUUUCACAAAACAGCAGCACCAGACGGGGCAGGUAGGGACAGUUCCAUGACAAGAGCCCUGACAAGGGUGGACAGCAUUGUUUCUAGGAGCUGACACCUGAGCAGAGGUUCGGAAGGUGUGAGGGUUAGGUAGGGUUGACGAUGCGAGCGCUCACAGCUGCUGGACAUCCUGCAGGCCAGGCAGUGAGAGAAUGCAGGCAUUGGUGGGACUGACCGUCAGGGUGGCUGGAGAGGCAUGAACGCAGGGUGAGGGGAUGGGAGUGGGGCUUUAGUCCCCUGGCACCUCGCCCACCCUCUCUAGCUCGUCACCCCUGCAUCUUUUCAGUGCAUAGGCCACAUGAGUGGGCUUUGCACAAAUUUUCCCCGUUGCAAAAAGAUACAUGUCUGUGGUAGGGAAUUUAGAAGAAAAUAUAUAUUAAAGUAAGUGAAAGGGGAAAACGAACAUGGCUUUGUCCACCUAUCGCAGUAAGUAGUGUGCUGUGAAAAGGCAGCGUUUCUGCCUAUGGGAAUGGGGCUUAGACUGUUUCUCCAGCUUGUCUUCAGUCUGACUCCUUUAAAGAGAGUCAUUCUCACAUGGCUCAGGCCUUCCACCACCUCUCUCCCCAUUUCCUUCUCAUGGAGAGCAGUGGGGGGCUUGUGCUCUUCAGCUGCCUGGCCUUACCUCCAUGUCACCAGAGUGCGGCCUUGGCUGAGGUGCUCACAAAUGGGUGCUGACAUGUCCUAGUGCUCAGUCAUGGCUGGGAGAUGGUCACCUUGUGGUCGGGAACACACCCUAUUGCAUUUCUUCAGCUUGUCAUCUGAAUAGAAACAUGAAAGGUUGCGUUCUAGACAGCACUGCCCUUGAACUGCAUCUGAGCCUGGUGGGUAGAAUCGAGUCUGUCCUAGGAGAAGGCCCUUUAUGUUAUUAGAUUGUCCAGUGUUUUCUGUGUUUGAAUGACUACAUAAUUCACUGUGAAGUCAUCUUUCACCUGUGCCCAACUGACGCAUGGUUUUGUU